AUGGACAGUUUCAACCGCUUCGUAGCAGAGCACGCAGAGGAAGACUCCAGAGUCUUCACACAGGCUCUGAAUAUGUUUGGGAUCGCAUCGGAUGGAUACUUGAAUAAUGUCAAGGAUCACGUCACUAAGCUGGCAAAGGACUUCGAUAUCAAGGUUCGCGAGCCGCAAUGUGCCCAAUCGUCUUCUGGUCCCGAUCACUCCGCCAGACUCCAGGCAACUCUCGAGAGCGAGGUACACAGAGCCGAAUUACUGGAGCAGAAACUCAUGGUGAAGGAGGAACUUCUCAAUAAGAGCUUGAUCCACACACGAGAUCUUGAACAUCGACUGGACCAGGAGCAGCGUCAGAAUUGCAAGCUGCUCGACAACUACAGAAAAGAGUAUUCACGUUCCCUUGAACUAGCCCAGCGACUCAACAAGAAGGUCGAAGCUGCUUGGUUCGUUCAAGAGCAAAUCAACGAAGCCGGCCAAAUCGAAACAACGCUUGUCAAAGAGCUUGCAGACACAAGAGCAGAUAUCGAAGAUCUCGAGGAAGAGGAUACUCUGAGAGAAGCAACAAUCUCUGAUUUCGUGUGCUGGGUACACACCGCUGGGCACAAAGCUCUGCAUCAAGCGUUGAACAAGUUUUGGGAGCACAUUUCAUCAGAUCUGCUGGAUCACGAGCGAGAAACUGAUCACUACAACGAAGAGCUUCCAGUUCCCUCAUCACAAGUGGGCUCAAUACCGAAAGACUCUGCCGUUGCUGACAAUGUAGACAACCUCACGGGCUCUCACGAUGAUUCUGAGAGAUGCUCAUCGAACGACUCGACGUUCACGACUUUCAGAAAAUGGAUAUCUGCUCGCAUCGCUAGAAGUCAGGCAUCUGAGAAAGGCGCAUCAAGUCUUGAACAUCAAACGAAGACUGUCAACAUCGAACAUCACCAUCAACAGUCAACAUCAAGCUUCGAACAUCAAAGUCCAACAUCAGAAAGGCAAUUCAAGUCUAAAGCAUCAACUCAAAGACUUUCAUCAUCAACUUCAGAGACCUUCAUCAACAUCAACAUCAACUUCAACGACUACCAAAUUCAACCCCGACUUCACCAACUUUCAGCCUCAACAAUGGCAACUUCAAGUAUGGCCCCCAGAAUCACAUCUACCUCGUCCCCAUCAACUCCAUCGACUCACACAGCCAAAAAGCUCACCUUCCACAACAAUAACAUCUCCACCAAAACCACCAACCACAACACUUCGCACAGAAGACCCUGCAAAGAUCAAGAAUUGUAUGGUGUCGCUCUUGCCAAACAGAAGCUGUGGCAAGAACACAGAGUGUUUGCUCUAGGUCAGUGUGUGAGGUUCGAUGAUGAUGAUGAAGAACAAGAUGAUGACGAGAGCGAUGACAGCGACGAGCAGGGAAAAGAAGAAGUGAGAGAGAGGUGGGGAUUCGAAGGUAUGAGGAAGGAAUUGGAAAUGUUGGAGCGAGUGUGUUUUGCUAAGAGUUUCAGGGUGAGAGAGGUGAAGUUUGCUGGAGAGGGCGAGCAGGAGAUGGACGAGUGA